CCCUGAACUUGCUUACGACAAGGCCAACCCUCCCCCUUUCAGUGGUCGUCAGAAUCCCAAUAACUCCGCUUUCGCAUUCUCUAUCAAUGCUAGGAGAGAGAGAGAGAGAGGUAUCACUCCUACUUCUCCUCCGCCUCGUCCCAAUACCGGUCGCUCCUUGAUCAAUCGUCUACAGAGGCGUACAGUCAAUACCGGUACCACAGGAGAAACCAGUACUACCAACUUCGCGACAACCAAUGUAACUCAGACUUCUUUUGACACUGUCACAGGGUCGGACGCUAUUUCCUACGGCGGAGGUGGAGAAUCAUCCCGGCCUAAACCAUCGAGACGUCAGCGCUCGUGCCAACCCUUGAUGUCUGGCUCGACCGAUACUUCCGAUAUGACAGUUGAAGGUUCGCGUCGCAACGUGAGUCGAGGCAGCUAUGGAAUGACGGAGAUGACUGGAGAUGCCACUGUUCCAGAAGGCAAGACGACGUGGGGUGACGGUUUGGCUGCCAAAAAGGAUGCUAGCGAGGCUGGUGAUGAUAUUGAUAUGGAAAAUGAUUUGGCAGAAGAAGAUAGUCCGUUUGCAGAAGUCAGAGCUUCAGUCUCUAACAUCGACGAUCCAGAUAUGCCAGCUCUGACAGCACGCGCGAUGGUCAUUGGCAUGUUCUUCGCCGUUAUAGGUUCUGGCAUCAAUACCUUUUUCUUCUUCCGCUUCCCUGCUCCGUACAUUUCGCCUCUGCUCAUCCAAGUAGCUUCGUAUCCCGUUGGGAAGGCCGCAUCCUGGAUAAUACCUAUCCAUACGGUCUACAUGCCUGGGUGGCUGGGCGGUUGGAAGUUUUCCACCAAUCCCGGUCCUUUCAACAUAAAAGAACACACCAUCAUCGUAAUCAUGGCCAACAUCUCUGUAGCGCCCGCCUACGCUCUCUUCGCACUCUCUUCCCUAGAAUUUUACUACCAGCAUCCUGUCACAUCAGCUUUCGGUAUUUUCAUGAUCAUGACCACACAAAUGACCGGUUUUGCCUUUGCAGGUUUUGCCCGCCGGUUUGUCGUCUGGCCUGCAAGUAUGAUAUGGCCUGGUAAUCUGGUCAUUGCCACCAAUUUGAACACCUUUCAUGCGGAGGAGGACGGAUUCAAGGGCGGGAUGACUCGACUCAAGUUUCUGCUAAUUGCGGGGAGCGCGUCUUUCGGCUACUACUUCUUGCCGGGAUAUCUCUUCACUGCCCUGUCAAACUUCUCAUGGCCCUGUUGGAUUGCGCCGCGUAACAUUGUCAUCAAUCAACUCUUUGGAGUAGCAACCGGACUUGGUAUGGGCUUAUUUACGUUUGACUGGUCUCAGAUCGCAUGGAUUAGUAGUCCACUCACAACCCCUUGGUGGGCAGCGGCCAAUAUCGGUAUUGGUUUCAUUCUCUUCUACUGGAUAUUAGUGCCUAUUCUGUACUAUACAAAUGUCUGGCAGUUUGCCUAUCUCCCCAUGUCUGUCAGCGCAGCGGGUGAUCGCUAUGGGAUGGAAUAUAACGUAUCUUACAUUCUCACUCCCGAAACAGAACUCAACAGGACGGCUUACGGCGAAUACUCGCCUGUUUACCUUUCGGCCACUUUUUCAAUGACGUUCAUGUUGGCAUUUGCGCUCUCCACAGCGUUGAUCGUUCACACUAUUCUUUAUCACGGUCCGAGGAUAUACCGGACCGCCCGCAACAUGCGAACGGAAGUCGAAGAUAUCCAUCUCAAGCUCAUGAAGAAGUAUCCAGAUGUACCGGAAUGGUGGUACUUGAUCUUAUUCGUCAUAGUCUUCGUUAUCGCAGUCAUCAACAUCGAAGUGAAUCACACCGAUCUGCCGGUGUAUGGGUAUCUUUUAUCGGUGUUGUUACCACUCGUUUACCUCUUACCGGCCGCUUUCAUUUACGCUAUGACGAAUCAAACGGUAGCCACAAACUUGUUGUCGGAGUUGAUCCCUGGGUACCUCUUCCAAGGGAAGCCCAUCCCUGGCAUGAUUUUCAAGACGUUUUCAGUUCAAUCGCUUUACGAAGCUCUAUAUUUUAUCUCUGAUCAAAAAUUAGGACAUUAUAUGAAGAUACCGCCUCGCUCAACAUUUGUCGCCCAACUCACCGCCGGUUUUGUUUCGUGUUUUGUCCAAUUCGGCACUUAUCGACUCGUCUUCUCUAAGGUGCCGGACAUCUGUACACCGGAUCAACCAGCACUCCUUACUUGCUCCUCGACACAGGUUUUUUACACUUCGAGCAUUCUAUGGGGUGCUAUCGGUCCACAACGACUAUUUUCGAAAGGAUCGCUAUAUCAUCCCCAACUGUACGCUUUCCUAGUCGGUGCAAUACUACCCAUCCCUAUGUGGUUCUUAGUACGGAAAUAUCCCAAAUCCCUAUGGAGGAAUAUCAACAUUCCCGUUAUUUUCAAUGGUGCCCUCUCUAUCCCCCCCGCAACAGGAGUCAACUAUGCCAGUUGGCUCAUCGUGUCGUUCAUUUUCCAGUUUUGGUUGAGAAGGAAAAAGUUUGCUUGGUGGAGUAAAUACAACUAUGUCUUGUCGGCGGCGUUGGACGUUGGAACUACGGCUAGUACGAUGUUAUUGUUCUUGGCCUUUGGAGUGGGAAAAGUGAAGUUGGAUUGGUGGGGAAAUAAUGUGUUUGCGAAGACCGCGGAUUGGAAUGGAGAGUCCUUACGACCGACUCCACCCGAUGGGUUUGGUCCUACCACUUGGAAGACGUGACACCGCUCGAUUCUCACGCAAAUGAUACGGGCAGUAUAAAAAGAAAGCAUGAUGUGAUGAUUCUGAAGGGGAGAGAAUCAAGUUGAAGAAGAUGAUUAAAGUCGUGUGGUACUGUUUAAUCAAAUUCGCAUAACAUGAGAAGUGGAACAUGUCAUUGCCGAGAUGUUGACAGUGGUACAGUGGGGUUUCAAAGACUAAUAGGUUUGUGGGUGCAAAUGGUUUAUAAAGUUCGUGGGCUUAAUUGGUUUAUAGGUUUAUACAAGUCGGAUAAUACAGAUGGUUAUUCUAGGUUCUUACAUGCUGCCAAAUAUGACAAUGUGAAUGUAUCUUUGCAAACU